UUUGAGCAUUUUAAGUUUAACGUUUCUCCACUCUUCUCUCUUUCUCUACUCUCUCUCUUGUUUUUCUGAGUGUAGCAACAGAGAAAGAGCACACAGAGCAAAACCAGAUUCGAAGAAACAAAAAAUGGCGGGUUACAGAGCCGACGACGACUACGACUAUCUCUUCAAGGUAGUUCUGAUCGGCGACUCCGGCGUCGGCAAAUCGAAUCUUCUUUCUCGGUUCACGAAGAACGAGUUCAAUCUCGAGUCCAAAUCCACCAUUGGCGUUGAAUUCGCUACUCGUACUUUGAAUGUUGAUUCCAAAGUCAUUAAGGCUCAGAUCUGGGAUACUGCUGGUCAGGAGAGGUAUCGUGCCAUCACCAGUGCUUACUAUCGCGGGGCAGUUGGUGCACUUCUUGUAUACGAUGUUACACGCCAUGCAACAUUUGAAAACGUUGACAGAUGGCUGAAAGAACUGCGAAACCACACAGAUUCCAACAUUGUUGUGAUGCUUGUUGGCAACAAAGCAGAUCUUCGUCACCUUGUUGCCGUAUCAACUGAAGACGGGAAGUCUUAUGCUGAGAAAGAAUCACUUUACUUUAUGGAAACCUCAGCUCUUGAGGCUACAAAUGUAGAGAAUGCAUUUGCUGAAGUUCUGACUCAAAUCUACCAUAUCGUUAGCAAGAAAACGGUAGAGGGUGCUGAAAAUGGAAACGCAUCUGUGCCGGCCAAAGGAGAGAAAAUAGAUCUUAAAAAUGAUGUCUCUGCCUUGAAGAGAGUUGGUUGCUGCUCAAGCUAAGUUCAGAAAAUAUAAUUCGAUUGGUUGCUAUCGGCUCUGUUGUAUGUGUAAUAUUCUAAGAGAGAUACAAACUAGAAGAAAAAACAAAAAAUGUAAUUUAAUUAUUCAUAGCAUUAUGUUAGACUCUAUGUGUAAUCUUAAAAAACAAGCUUGAUGUUCCAAUAGGAGUUGCUGGGGAAACAAGAUUGUUACUAUGCUGCUUAAUCUGUACUUGUAGUGUGAUAGUUAUUUUUGAAAUGUUUUCAUCUACAAAGAGAUUCAAACAUUGAAGUAAUUGAAUCAUUUGUUUCAUUAAGGUA